GUUUUGAUGAUUCCCAGGGCGCAGGCAUUGCUGCCUUCAAAGCCACCAGCCUGAAGCCCUCUGGCCCUACGGACUUUGGCUUCCUACUAGGCCAGCAGCAAGAGGCCCGCUCAACGCCACUGCCUGCUUCGCCACUGUCCAAUUCCUCUGGCGUAGGCGGCUAUGGCGAUUCUGGAGGUGUUCUGAAGCGCUGUCGGUCGAAGGGAGAUCAGGAUAUGUGGAUCGAAACGAAGAGAUUGGCAGUUGAAGGGCUUCAGCCUCCGGCCCCACCAUUGCGACCACAAGAGGUGCUGUUCGGUGCGGUGCAGGGAGAAGACCGAGGCAGCAAUCUGAUGGAUCCUCCGCUCGUUCGAACUGAUCCUUUUCAUUGGUUGCGUGAUGACAUGCAUGAGAACGAAGAAAUUCGGCAACUUUUGGAAGACGAGGAUUUGUACUGCUGCAGGGCAUUGGCGAGUCUUCAGGAACUCAGUGAUGAAUUGCACAGAGAGAUGCGCAGUCAUGAGAAAGAGUCUUCGGUUGGAAUCCCAUCUAUAUAUCCUGGUGGCUACGCAUAUUAUAGCAGAGGGAGCAAGAAGAAAGCCUAUGAGAGUCACUUCCGUGCACGGAUCCAAAGAGAUGGAAAUCCAGUGCCCUCAGACGUGGCAGCUCUUGCUCAAGCCAUUGAUUUGCAGCUGGUAGAUGAGGAGCUUCUGUUAGAUGAGAAUGAAUUGAAUGAUGAUGGGGAGGGUGGAUCUCGCCCAUACCUGUCAACAUGCGGCCCAGAUCCAAGUGCUGAUCAUGUUCUGUUCGCAUAUGCGAAGGACUUUGAGGGUAACGACAGCUAUAGGAUAAGUUUUCAUGACACUCGUCAAAAUGCUGAGUUGAAGGAGGACAAUGUUGAACUUGAAGAGACCGAUGGCUCUAUUCUGUGGGAGAAUUCGGGCCAUGCCGCGAUCUACUACGUGGGACAUGACCACGAGUUCAGAGGAUACAUCGUUCGCAAGCAUGUGGUUGGCACCCCGCAAUCUUCCGACACCGUGGUUCUGGAAGAAAAGGACCGCCGGUUCUCUGUAUCUAUUUGCAAGUCCAGCGACGAGCGCUUCUUGAUCAUCCAGUCCGCUUCCAGCGAGACAGCUGAAAAUUACCUGCUUGACUUAGACACUGACUCCAAGCAGUCCAAGCUGAUAUCUGUUUGUGCACGAGAAUUUGGUAUUCACUAUGAUGUUGAUCACUGCAUGGGUUUCUUGUACAUUUUGACGGACAAGGAUGGUACAAAGAAUUCAAAGCUGUGUCGCACACCACUGGCAUCCAUCCCGAGCCAAAGUAUGCACUGGGAGGACCUUUGGGUGCCUGAGGAGCAUAUUCAUUUGGAUUCCUUGCAGUGCUUCGAGCACUUUUUGGCCAUCACUGGGCGCCGAAAUGGUGCCAGUUGUAUUUAUGUAAUGCUUUUGCCGAAUGGCGGCGGGAAGGGGCCAAUUCAUUCCCUUAUUUUUCCCGAAAUGUUAGCCAGCAGUGGCUUCAUCACUACGCCUCGCACUCAAGCAGCGGCUCAGACGCUCUUUUCAGUCAGCCUUGCUGGCAACGACCUCUUCAAGACAGACAUUUUGAGAGUGCACUACACCUCGUACAUCGUUCCGGGCAGAGACUAUGCAUACCAUGUUCCCACCAGAGAGUUCAAGCUGAUCAAGGAGUCGGGACCAGAACGCUACAAUCCCUCUUUAUAUCGCGCCGAGCGGAUCACGUCCAAGGAGCGCCAGGUUCCAAUUUCCUUGGUCUACCGAGCAGAUUUGCAUCCUCAAGGAUUGAAGGGAGGACCUUUUCCAACACUCCUUACUGGCUAUGGCGCGUAUGGGGCAUGCCAAGAUCCUGGUUUCGACUCUAACAUUCUUUGUUUGCUGGACCGUGGCGUCAUAUAUGCGGUUGCACACGUCAGGGGAGGGGGUGAGCUCGGCCGUGAUUGGCGUGAAGAGGGCCGCUACUUGAAGGUGAAGAACCGUUUCCACGACUUCAUUGCGGCAGCCGAGACCUUGAUCUCUAUGGGAAUUUCUGAGCGAUCAACUCUUGCUGCUUGGGGCGAGAGCAGCGGCGGGUUGCUGGUGACAGCCUCCGUCAACAUGCGGCCGGAUUUGUUCAAGGCAAUUCUAUUGUACGUGCCUUUCGUGGAUGCCGUCAACACGAUGAGCGACCCAUCGAUUCCCUUGACAUGUGGCGAGUGGGAGGAGAUAGGGAAUCCGAACCAGCGGGAGACCUUCUACUACAUGUUGGAGUAUAGCCCGUAUGACAACCUUCGAAUGCAAGAUUAUCCUGCCGCCUUGGUGACUGCGUCGCAGAACGACACGAUGGUGGGCUACUGGGAGCCGCUGAAAUAUGUGUCCAAACUCAGACGCGUCAAGACGGAUUCCAAUCCAGUCUUGCUGAAGGCGACGGAGGGUGGUUACAUGUUGUUUCGCCUGCCCCACUGUUAUCCUUGGGCUGAUUCCUUUCAGCAGAGACGGGUGUUCCCUGUGGCUGCAGCUGCACUCCGCCCAAGCGGUGGCAUCUUGCAUGUACAUUGGAACGCAGCUGUGGAUGCAGAAACCGAAACCGCUGAAAAGGUUGCCAUGGAGAUUGAGCAAGUCCUGAAAGAAACCAGAGGAGGUGACUGGAAGGCUAAUGUCACUGCUGCUCAACGUGUGAAGAACUUCGCCCCUAGGGUGCGGCACCUGCGCAUUGACAUAAGCUGUCAUUCAGGUGCCGAAAAGAACACGAAGCCAAGCUUGUCUUAA